AUGGCAAUAGAACUCAAGAAAAAGGCUCCUACUGCCCAUACUUUCCUGGAAGUUGUCAGGCAGAGAUAUGGCACUGCUACUCACAUUGUGUACCUAUGUUUUGGUUUGGCUACUAAUAUUCUUGUUACUGCUAUGUUGCUCACUGGUGGUUCUGCUGUUGUAAGCGACUUAACUGGUAUGAACACCGUUGCUGCAUGUUUCUUGCUUCCUUUGGGUGUUGUUAUUUAUACUUUAUUUGGUGGUAUUCGUGCCACUUUCCUCACUGAUUACAUUCACACCGUAAUCAUUUAUGUUAUUAUUCUCGUAUUUGCCUUUACUGUGUAUGCCACCUCUGACCUUAUUGGAUCACCUGGUCGUUUGUAUGACUUGCUCGUCAAACUGGCUGAGACCUCUCCAUUGGCUGGUAAUGCUGAAGGUUCUUACUUGACUAUGAAAUCCAGAUCUGGCGGUAUUUUCUAUGUUAUCAAUUUGGCUGGUAACUUCGGUACUGUCUUUUUGGAUAAUGGAUACUGGAACAAGGCUAUUGCUGCUUCGCCAGCUUCUGCUCUUCCUGGUUAUGUUAUGGGUGGCUUGGCUUGGUUCUCCAUCCCAUGGCUGCUCGCUACUACCUUGGGAUUGGCUGCCUUGGCUCUUCAACACAACCCUGCUUGGCCCACCUACCCCAAUCCUAUGUCUGCUGCUGAUGUCAGUGCUGGACUUGUUCUUCCAAAUGCUGCUGUGGCUCUUCUCGGAAAGGGUGGUGCUGGCGCUGCUCUUAUUUUGGUGUUCAUGGCAGUCACUUCUGCCAGUUCUGCCGAACUUAUUGCUGUCUCGUCAAUCUUUACCUUUGAUAUUUACAAGACCUACUUCAACCCUACUGCCAGUGGAAAGAGGCUGAUUUGGAUCACCCAUACCACCGUCAUUGCUUACGGUCUGGUAAUGGCUGGUUUUUCCGUUGGUCUUUUCUACGCCGGUGUUUCUAUGGGUUACCUUUAUUUGUUGAUGGGUGUUAUUAUUUCUGCUGGUGUUAUUCCUCUUUGUUUGACCUUGAUGUGGAAAGGACUUAACUGGCAUGCUGCCACCUUUACUCCUGUUAUUGGAUUCAUCUUCGCCAUUACUUCAUGGUUAAGUACAACCAAGGGCUUGUUUGGUACCUUGAAUGUUACUACCACUGGAUCUGAGAUGCCUAUGUUGGCAGGAAACGUAGUAGCUCUUUGCUCUCCUCUUGUUAUUGUCCCUGUCCUUACCUUGAUUUUCAAGAUGGACAACUAUGAUUUCGAAGAGUUGAAGAAUAUCAAGAGUGUUAAAGAUGACUACCCCGUUGAAGAGGAGACCACCAUUGACAGCACCGAAGCGUCCAAGACUAUGGCUGUAGUCAAUGAAGAGGCCAUUGCCGCCAGAGAUGCUGCUGAUCAACUGAUCCUGCACAAGUAUUCCAAGAUAGCCAGAAUUCUGACUGUUGUUAUCGCACUUUCCCUGCUCAUUAUUUGGCCAAUGCCCAUGUACGGAUCAGGAUACAUUUUCAGCAAGAAGUUCUUCACCGGUUGGGUGGUCGUUGCUGUCAUCUGGGGAAUGAUGGGAUUACUUGCUGUUGGAGUUUAUCCACUGAUUGAGAGUAGAUUGGCUAUUGCCCAUACUCUCCGUGGUAUCUUCUGGGACCUUACUGGACAGUCUUACAAACUACGGGCCUGGCAAAAUGCCCACCCCGAGGAAAUGCAUGGUCACGUCCAACGAGGAGUGGAUGCCCAGAUCUUCAAUGCUCCAGGAAGUCCCCCUCCUGAGCUCUCUGAAAGAGAAGAAAAGGAGUAA